AUGUCCUAGUAUAAGCAAUUAAAUGAGGGCGAGUUCCCACCUAAUAACAAUCCUCAAAUCAUUACAGGAUAUGAAAUACUUCGCUAGAGUGUCAAUUAGGGAUUAAGGCAAAAUCAGGAGGCUCGUAAAAGUUCCUUGAAAGCAGCAGCAUUGGUUUCUCGAUAGAGUUAAUUGUAUGCAUAGGCAAAAGUGAGACUCGUUUUAAUAUCAAGGAAAAAGGGAUUACUAUGA